AAUCAGGAGAGUGAGAUUGUACGUUCCCGGCUCUCUGAUUGGCGAAUUCGACUAGAAAGCCUUGGUUCAAAUCUUCAACGGUACCGAGUCCGGCGGCGGGUCCUGCGGGCGCUUGGUUGUCAGAUGUGAGAAGCUGACCUGUUGAGAAAAGUAAUACGGAUACUGGGAAAAACCUGUUCUUCUGCGCCAAGCAGGGGACAAUGUCACAAGUCACCUCUUAUUCCUUUGAUGCACCCACGGACUACAUCAAUUUUACAUCUUUGAAUGAUGAAGAAAAUAAUGAAAAUGUGGAUUCCUGGUUCGAGGAGAAGGCCAAUUUGGAGAAUAUGUUUCCUGGGAAGAACGGAACAGGAGGUCCUUUUCAGGGUAAAACUCCUCUGAGAAAGGGUAACCGACAGCAAGCUAUUGUCACGCCUCUGAGACCAGUUGAAAACACUUAUUACAAAGAGGCAGAAAAAGAAAAUCAGUUGGAACAAUCCAUUCCAUCAAAUGCUUGCUCUUCCCUGGAAGUAGGGGGGAACACAUCAAAAAAUACUCCAGCCUAUCCUCAGAGGAGAUCUCUUAGGCUCUCUGCUCAGAAGGAUUUGGAACAGAAGCACCAUGUAAAAACUAAAGCCAAGAGAUCUGCCACUCCUGCAAUCAUUAAUGAAAUUCCACCCUCCAAAAAAAUGAGAGUUUCUAACAACAAAAAGAAGCCAGAGGAAGAAGGAGGUGCUCAUCAAGAUACUCCAGAGAAAGCCAAGAGUAGACGUACUAUGCCUUGUACACCACCUGUAAGGCAGAAGGUUCUAAAAAGUACUGAGGAGCAAGAGUUGGAGAAGAGAACGAAAAUGCAGCAGGCAGUGGUGGAGAUGAGAAAAAAGAAUGAAGAAUUCAAGAAAUUUGCUCUUGCAGGAGCAGGGCAACCUGUGAAGAAAUCAGUCAGCCAGGUAACCAAGUCAGUUGACUUCCACUUCUGCACAGAUGAACGAAUCAAACAUCAUAAGAACCAGGAAUAUAAGGAAGUGAACUUCAUAUCUGAACUGCGAAAGCAUCCUCCGUCUCCCGCCCGAGUAACUAAGGGAGGAUGCACCAUUGUUAAGCCUUUCAAUCUGUCCCAAGGAAAGAAAAGAACAUUUGACGAAACAGCUUCUACAUAUGUGCCUCUCGCACAGCAGGUUGAAGCCUUCCAUAAACGAACCCCUAACAGAUAUCACUUAAGGAGCAAGAAGGAUGAUAUUAGUCUGUUACCCUCCAAAUCUGCUGUGGCCAAGACCUGCACAGACCCACAGACUCCCGUACUGCAAACCAAACAACGCACAAGGCCUGUGACCUACAAAAGUGCAGCUGAUCAGGAGACUGAGCUGCUUGAGAAACUGCAACAAUACAAAUUCAGAGCACAGGAGCUUGAUCCCAGAAUUCUUGAAGAUGGACCCAUCUUGCCCAAGAAACCACCUGUGAAGCCACCCACUCAGCCUAUUGGCUUUGAUUUGGAAAUUGAGAAAAGAAUCCAAGAGCGAGAAUCAAAGAAGAAACCAGAGGAAGAACACUUUGAAUUUCAUUCCAGACCUUGCCCUACCAAGAUCUUGGAAGAUGUUGUGGGUGUUCCUGAAAAGAAGGUACUUCCAAUCACCAUUCCCAAAUCUCCAGCCUUUGCUUUGAAGAACAGAGUCCGAGUGUUCAGCAAAGAGGAAGAGGAAGAGGAGGAGCCAGUAGUGAUAAAAGCUCAACCUGUGCCACAUUAUGGGGUACCUUUUAAGCCCCAGAUCCCAGAGGCAAGAACUCUGGAAGUAUGCCCUUUCUCCUUUGAUUCUCGGGACAAAGAACGUCAGCUACAGAAGGAGAAGAAAAUAAAAGAACUGCAGAAGGGGGAGAUGCCCAAGUUCAAGGCACUUCCUUUGCCCCAUUUUGACACCAUUAACCUGCCAGAGAAGAAGGUGAAAGGUGUAACCCAGACUGAGCCUUUCUGUUUAGAGACAGACAGAAGAGGUGCCCUGAAGACGGAGACUUGGAAGCACCAGCUGGAGGAAGAACUGAAACAGCAGAAGGAAGCAGCUUGCUUCAAGGCUCGUCCAAACAUGGUCAUCUCCCAGGAGCCCUUUGUUCCGAAGAAAGAGAAAAAACCAGUCGCUGUUCAGGAACCUUUUCAACUGGCCACAGAGAAGAGAGCCCAGGAGCGGCAAGAGCUGGAGAAGAAAAUGGCUGAGAUAGAAGCCCAGAAAGUCCAACAUUUGGAGGAGAUCAAGCAACAGGAGGAAGAGCAGAAGAAGGAGGAGCUGGCCCAGCUACGGAAAGAACUGGUGCACAAGGCAAAUCCCAUACGUAAGUACCAGGCUGUGGAGGUUAAGUCAAGUGACCAGCCUCUGACUGUGCCCAUGUCUCCCAAGUUCUCCACCCGAUUCCACUGCUAAACUCAGCCGUGAGCCGCAGAUACCACCUGGGGAGAAGAGCUGCUCUGUACUUCAAACCAAGAACCUUCAUUCUUUGUCACUGGGGCAUGGAAAGAACUUGUUUUUCCAGAGUUUUUUUUACCUACUCAUGCCUGACAGUGCACACCUGUCUAGAUCAGACUCCGUGUCAUAAUUUCCUUUAAACAAUUAGCUGGACUUUAAUAUAUGUCUUAAUUUUCUAACUAGAAUUUAAAGUCACAGUGUAAUCCCUACUGUCCCCUAUUCCCUUUUUUAUCCAUUUAUUGUGAAAAUAAAGAUAGUUAAAUACCGAGA